AUGCUCGCCCUGCUGGGCCCGAGCAUUGUCGAGGGCUACGGCGGACGGCUUGCGGCAGAAAAGUGCCCCACCGUGUCGGAGGUCCUCUCCUCGGAGGAGGAGCUGCGUUGGAGCAUCUGGAACGACACAGCCUGCAGCCGGUGUCAGCUGCCCAGGCCGUGCGGGACCGACUACCCGUGCUGUGUUAUAAGGAGAGGCGAGGCCGACAGGCGAAAGACCGCGUACACCCGCAUGACCUGCAACCGCCACAUCAACUCCAAGAUGGUCAUCCCAAAGGACGGCCCCGUCCGGGACAGGAUGCUCCGGUUCUGCAGAGACUACCUGCGUUUGCCGCUCAGCAUGCCGGAUUGCGAGGGCCGCCCGGAGCGCGUGCCGCGCAUCUUGCACUCGGUCUCCGCCGGUACGCCCGACUUCACACAGCGAGGGGUCUCCCUCUCCAACCCGAGCUUCCGCUUUCACCACCUCAAUGACUCCGAGGCGCACGAGUACAUUCGCAAGCGCCUCGGCAGGCGGCCCGCAAACGCGUAUCGGUGCCUGAGUGCGCCGGCGUGGCGCGCAGACCUCUUCCGCUUCUGCGCCCUCUACGCCGAGGGCGGUGUGUACCUGGACGCCGACAUCGUGCCGCUCCAUCCCCUGCCGACACUGUACUCGCCCUGCAGCGGCUUUACCCUCGGCCACGACCAGCCGCAGGGCUUCGACCCCGCCCGCAUGGGUACGCCGGUUCCCGGGAUGCAGAUGAAGAUGCUCGCUUCAGUCCCAGGCUCGCCGAUCGCCAAAUGCAUGAUCGAUCACAUCGUGGCGAAUGUGAGGAGACGCAGCGUAGACCAUUCAAAGAUCACAGCUGGCGCGCUGCUGCUCUCCGGACCGGGACUGCUGCACCGAUGCUACGAAGAGAACCGCCACGAUGUGGCGAUCACGUACAUCGACACGCGUGACGCGAUGUGGCCGAUGACCGGGCUGCGCCGCGGCACCACCAUCCUCGCGUACGAGAAGCCAAACCCAAGGCUGCACAUGAAGGGUCCUCUGGCAGCCAGGGAUGCGCAGGACUACACCGAGCUCUUCGAGUCGGACAACGUGUUCACGAAGCAGUGCGCGCUCUGA